UAUGAUAUAAUGCACUUUGCAGUGUGUGAACGUGAUUGAGUGAAAAACUGCAGAUAUUAAUAAUAUAUAAAUAAUCCAUCAGCUGUUAGACAUGCGACUGUCUCUGCUCUGCGUGUGGACCAGCUGGAUCUUUGCUCUUUACACCGCAGCUCAGGACCGUCCUCCGCGGGCGGAGGGAGCCGUGCAGUCCGGCCACAACGGGCACAGAAGCCGCAGCUCCGGCAGACAGACCCCGACCCCGCCGCCGCCUCCUCCUCCACCACCGCAGCUGGAUGAGAGGGGAGCAGGGGAGAAGGUCCGAGGAGGCCAAAGGAGAGCAGCUCUGAGCGGUCCUCGUGUCUGUGGACGUCAGUGUUGCAUCGGGUGGACUUUGUCUCCUAGAACCAAGAAAUGCACCAAACCCAGAUGUUUCCCUCGCUGCCACAAUGGUGCUCAGUGUCAGCGGAGUAAUCGCUGUGUUUGCCGCCAAGGUUUCCAUGGUUCCCGAUGUGAGUUUUCCACAGUGACGGUGUCUCUACCAGGACAGCCACUGACCUUCAUCGUUCCCACUGUCACAGCACACCUGUAUUCUGUCCAGCACCUUUCCCCUCUAGGACUGAGCUCCUCCCCUCUGAGUAUCACCACACUUGUACAAAGACACGUGACUCCGCCUUCCUUGGCUACAGGAGCCUCAGGUCUGAGUCCAUCCACUGAAGAUCACAGUCCAAAAUCUGGUCUUGGUCAGUCUGGAAACAGUGGACACAAAACCAUGUUUUCAGCGCAGGAGCAGAACAGAGCAGCUCAGGAAAGCGAGGAGGUGACACUGAAGGUCACAGCUGAGGAACCACAAACAAGAGCCAAGUCUAAACCUAAGUUUAACAGACCACUGCCGUGGACAGCAGAUGACCAUCUCUUCAAAGAUGAAGAGACGGUGGCUGAGAUCACACACAGAACUCCAGGGGCUCAGAUGAAGGAAAGUCAGACUGAAAACCAGAAUCUUUCAAUGUCUAUGGAGAGUGAAGGGUGCACAAAGACAGAAGGAGAAAGUGUAUUCCUGCAGUCUGACUCAGCAGAGAGAUUAACAGGUGACAAUGUCCCAAAUCCUGCACAGUCUAACACUGAGAAAACUGGUUCAAGGUCAAAGUCUGAAUCAAGUGAAGGAUUCUUGCAGUUUGAUUCUCAAGUCAAUGAUCAGAAGAUCCCCAAACUGGAGUCUCAUCCUGAGCAGAGGGAGGAGGGAAGAGUGGAGGCUGGACAGACUAGCAGGAAGGAGGAGCAGGAGGAGGAGAAGACCAGAGGAGCGAAGAAGCAGCUGCUGAGUCUGAGGGAGGCCCAAGCAGUGCUGCUGAGGAAGACUCUGUCACGGAGAGGCAGAGGGGACAAGAUGGCCGCCCUGCUGUUGAAGCACAUUGAGAAGGAGAGAAAAAGACUUAGCACCAUUACCUCUUCCUCAAAUUCGUCAUCAUCACCAUCAUCACCACCAGUAAAAACUAGUGUAAGGAGUUUCCACACUCAGAGGGGCCGGUACACCGUCCACAUCACUGCACCCACAGCUGAUGGACAGAUGCUCACAGGCGGAGGAGGUGGAGGAGGGUUGGAGACCAUCCAGGUGAUGUUUACGCCGACAAUCUGCAAGGUGCGCUGCAACCAGGACCGAUGUGUCAACUACUGCGAGAGAGGCAACGUGACAACUCUGUACAGCACCAAUAGUGAGGGGGGAGGAGGAGAAAGGGAAGAGGGAGAAGGAAGGAGAGACAGCUCCCAUGGACCAGGCUUCAGAGUCUUUCUCUGCCCACUGCUCUGUAAGAAUGGAGGUGUCUGUCUGCAGAAAGAUCGUUGUCUCUGUCCGCCAAACUUCACCGGAAAGUUUUGCCAGAUCCCAGUUGCACCCACGUCGGCUGCUAACCCUGCGGCGCCAGCCACUACCAAUGAGAUCUUCAAGCCUGGGCUCCUCUCCGCCUCCGCAGCCAAUCCGGAGGUGACUCAGACAGAGUUUCUCCUGCCCCUGGGACAGAAUCAGGAUUCUGGUAGGUCUGGAGCUCCUGGUCAGUCAAUGGUGAAGGUCAGAGUGCAUCACCCCCCUGAAGCCAGUGUGAAGAUCCACCAGGUUCUGAAGGUGUCUGGACACAGUCCCGCCCUGCGGACCCUCUCGUCCUCCUCCGGAUCGGCAGGUGCUCCGGCACCAGCUGGUUUGGGCGUUCAGGCUCAGACAGUGAGGGGGGAUGGCACAUACACCGAGCACUCUGAAUUCAAGUACUGCUUCAGAGAGAUCAGAGAUGGACAGUGCAGCUCUCCUCUGCCUGGACUGAGGAGCAAGGAAAUGUGCUGUAGAAGCAUCGGGAAGGGCUGGGGGAUUACCGACUGUGUCCAAUGUCCUGAUACUACAGGUAAAGGCAACAGCAGCUGUCCUCCUGGUUUCGAACGUGGCAAUGGAACACAGUGUGUCGAUAUGAAUGAGUGCCUCCAGCCGGGGCUGUGUGAGAACGGGAUCUGUGUGAACACCAGGGGGAGCUAUAGCUGUGUGUGUAGGGUGGGGUUCAUCCUCGACGCUUCACAUGGAAUCUGCAUCUCCCAAAGUGUUAUAUCAGAGGAGAAGGGUCAGUGUCAUCGGGUUCUGGGCUCCGGUCUGGGUCCAUCCUCCUGCUCCUUACCCAUCCUCAGGAACAUCACCAAACAGAUCUGCUGCUGCAGCCGAGUUGGCAAAGCCUGGGGACCAGACUGCCAGAGGUGUCCAUACUUUGGUUCAGCGGCAUUUAAGGAGAUCUGUCCAGCCGGUCCUGGUUAUUACUACUCACCCUCAACAGUACAGUUCACCCAAAGGAUCAAUGAACAGCUUGGGGGGCGAGGAGCCCAACUGGUGAACCUGAGCAACCACGACCACCAGGGUCCUGAUUCUGGAGCCAGUGUUGUAAGGGGUGGAGCCUCCAGGCCUCAGCAGAGACCCUCUUAUUCUGGAGCAACAGCAGCUGGAGUCGGUAACACAGCUGUUGGCUCCAGCUCUGGAUCGACUGGUACCAGUGGGGCCCAGAUCAGACCGGGUCAACCUCAGUCUCAACCCGGUCAUCUGUCUCCACCUCAGACCCAUCCAGCCACCAGCUUGCCCUCCACCAGACCCAGAGCGUCUGGCAGCACCAACACUCAGGACAGAGCCAACACUCCGGGCAGAACUGGGACCCAGCUGAGCCGAGCCGAGUCUGGUCAGUCCUCCACAACACAACCAAGACCACUGCCUCCGUCCACAAGUAGUCAAGGUGGCCGUUUGCCCUCUGCGUCCCGGCCCGUCAAGCCUUCAGUUAGAGGGGACUCUCUCCCUGCUGCGGUCCAGCCACAGAACCCUGAGCAAGUAUCGAGACAGAGAGAAGAGGUUCGCCCUCAGUCUAACAGACCAGUGCUGAACCCAACGAUCAGACCCACAAGGGUCCAGACAGUGCAAAGUGUGUGUAGCAGCAGACCAGGUGUGUGUGGACGGGGCCGUUGUGUUGAUCAGCCAGGUGGGAAACACACCUGCGUGUGUGAUCAAGGAUUCCAGCCCAGUGCCCAGAACACAUACUGCCAAGAUGUGAAUGAGUGUGUGCAGUCUCCAGGUUUGUGUUCAGUGGGAGAGUGCGUGAACACUAUUGGAAGCUACAGGUGUGUGUGUCCGUCAGGAUACAGGAGCAGCAACCAGCAGACGAGUUGUCAAGAUGUGAAUGAGUGCGAGCUGAACCCCUGCAGGAACGGUCACUGUGAAAACUUACUGGGCAGCUACAGGUGUGUCUGUCGCCUUGGUUACAGGGUCAUCGGCAACACUUGCACCGAUGUGGACGAAUGUAAAGACCCCUUGCAGUGUCCAGGUCAAGAAUGUAUCAACAGUCAGGGCUCAUACCGGUGCACCACCUGUAAACCCGGAUACACAGUCAUCAACAGGCUCUGCACAGACAUCGAUGAGUGUCGUCAGGCUCCCUGCUCCAACGGUCGUUGUGAAAACACACCUGGAAGCUACCACUGUGUGUGUCGCCAUGGUUACAAGCUCCAGAACAACACCUGUACAGAUGUAGAUGAGUGUGCCGAGCCAUCUCAGUGUCCUGGUCAGAUGUGUGUCAACUCAAUGGGAUCAUACCGCUGUAUGUCCUGUCGACUGGGAUACACACUGAAAAACAGACAGUGCGCAGACGUGAACGAGUGUGAGAACAGAGACUCGUGUCCUGGUAAGCAGUGUGUGAACACUGAUGGAUCCUACAGCUGUGUGGACUGUCGACAGGGAUACCACUUUAUGAAUGGAGUGUGUACAGAUAUGGACGAGUGUGUGCAGGUCUCUCAGUGUCCUGGACAGAAGUGUGUGAACACAGUAGGAUCUUAUCAUUGUGUGUCCUGUCAACCUGGAUACACCAUGAAAGAUGGCUCCUGUCAAGAUGUUGACGAGUGUGCAAGCUUGGAGACGUGUGGGUCCGAGCGAGUGUGUGUGAACACCAUCGGCUCGUUUAGGUGUGACUGUCUACCUGGGUAUCGGCCCAGCGGUCUGGGGAGACAGUGCAAAGACAUUAACGAGUGUCUGGAGGGUGAUUUCUGUUUCUCUGGUGGCGAGUGUGUGAACUCUCUUGGAUCCUACACGUGUGUGUGUUCUCUAGGAUUCAAGCUGAGCGACAAUGGGACGUCCUGCCUCGAUUUGGACGAGUGUGCAAAGUCGGGUGUGUGUUCGGACGGACGCUGUGUGAACACUGAAGGAUCCUUCAAGUGCGAGUGUCAAAGCGGCUUCAGUGCCAACCCAGAGAAGACCGCCUGCCUUGAUGUUGAUGAGUGUGUCUUGUCCGGUGGCUCAGUCUGCGGGUCACGACGCUGUGAAAACACAAUUGGUUCAUACCACUGCCUCACUGUCUGUGAGCCGGGCUACCAGGUGACACAGACGGGCAAGUGUGUCGACAUUAACGAAUGUGUCAAUAAGACGGUAUGUGGCGAUCACUCAACCUGUGAGAACCAGAUAGGAUCAUACCUGUGCGAGUGUGACCAGGGCUUCAUUUCCACCGCUGAUGGAAAGGACUGUGUCGACGAGGACGAGUGCGUGACUCUGCAGGGCGUGUGUGGCUCAGCUCGAUGUGAGAAUGUGGAGGGAUCCUUCAUGUGUGAGUGUGACCAAGGAGAGUUUGACCCCCUGACCACGAAGUGUGUCGGAGUGGCACAACCAGCUGAGGUGGUCCCCAGCUACCACUCCACUUCCUCGUCUUCCUCCUCCUCCUCCUCCCAUGUCAGAGUGGUGGGUUUUGAUCCCAUGCUGCCCCCGCUCCCCGCUGCCCAUCCUGGCGAGCUCAGGGAGUGCUACUACAACCUGGCCGAGCAAGGAACGUGCAGUCUGCUGACCACGAACACCACCCAGCAGGAGUGCUGCUGUACAGUGGGCGAGGGCUGGGGUCUGGGCUGCCAGUACCACAUCUGCCCCCACAUAGGCACAGCCGAGUUCCUGUCGCUGUGUCCAAGUGGAAGAGGAUACGUAACCACAGGACCAGGAGCCUUCAGCUACAAAGACGUGGACGAGUGCAAGCGUUUCCAUCCUGAGGUGUGCAAGAAUGGAGUGUGUGUGAACAACAUCCCUGGAUACAACUGCUACUGCUCCAGUGGCUACGUUUACAACAGCACCCUGCUGGAGUGUGUCGAUCACGAUGAGUGCGAGGAGGAGAGUUGUGUGGGCGGAGUCUGCGUGAACACGGUGGGGUCGUAUUACUGCAGCUGUCCGCAUCCUCUCGUGCUCGACGACACGCAGCGGAACUGCGUUAAUUCCUCCAACCUCAGCGUCGAUGAAAACCUUUCCAUGUGCUGGCAGCAUGUUUCUGCUGACCUCAUGUGUCAGAGUCCGCUGAUCGGAGCUCAGGUCACUUUCACUGACUGCUGCUGUCUGUACGGCGAGGGCUGGGGGAUGGAGUGCGCCCUCUGUCCCGCCACCGACUCAGAAGACUAUGCCUUCCUAUGCAGCUCCUACCCUCCUCCUCUCUUUUCCAGUUUCCCAGAUUCGACAGGUGCCGACGUUGGAGUGAGACCAGGAGCUGGACGAGGAGGAACAAGUGACACUUCUCGUUUCCCUCCCUUCCCUCCGGACUCCUUCCUUCCUGUCACUCCGGGAAGAGACUUCUCUCGUUCCGAUUAUGACGAUUACUCUCCAGCAGGAGACGGCAGAUCACCGAGCUUCAGAGGGAGGACUCCUGCAUCCUUCGGUCUGCCAGAUGGAGUCUACUCCAGGCCCGAGUAUGACACUGGUUUCUACCCUGAAGGAGACUACAGCUCCCCUGACAGUUCCCCACCCAGGCCGCCAUCCUUCCGUCUCCCACAUGACCCUCAAGCUGAGGUGGCAUUUGGUGCCCGACCUCUUCCUCCAUCGCGGCCCAACGGUCCUCCUCUCAGCCUGGCGCCGCUGCCUGGGGCUCGAUACGAAGAGCAGGAGGAGGAUGAGGAGGGGGAGGAGUGGAGGCCUAUACCACCUUUUCCUCCUUUUAGUGAGAGGAUUGGCGGUGGAGGAGGAGGAGGAGGAGGAGGAAGAGGAGCUCCGAGGAGGGUGUACGAGCGACGUUAUGAGUCGUACGCCGGCCUGAGUACAGCAGAGGAUUGUGGGAUACUGCACGGCUGUGAGAAUGGCAGGUGUAUCCGUGUGGCGGAGGGUUACACCUGUGACUGUUACCAAGGUUAUGAACUGGACAUGACCUCAAUGACCUGUAUAGAUGUAAACGAGUGUGAGGAUGGCGUCAGAUUGGAGUACCCGUGUGUAAACGCUCGCUGUGUAAACACCGAGGGCUCGUUCCGCUGCGUCUGCAGGAGAGGAUACAUCAUGUCCCGCAGACCAAACCACUGUGUGGCUGCAUAGACACGACCGGACCAGACUGAAUCCAAUCAGACCAGUUCAAACUAGUCCAAACUUUCUCUGGACUACAAAAUGACAGAUUUUACUGGCUUUAGUCUUUGACCAGAUUUUAUUAACUAGACUUAAGAAUGAAAUGUACUGGGCUAAAAACAAAGUUGCACUAAACCGGCCAGGGCUAGACAGGACUGAGCCUGAACACUGGGUCACUUUCUCUGAAUGUGAAAAGAGGAUUAAAGCUCAGGUCAGUGAGUUUUUUUCUUUUUUUUUACUCUUUAUCAUAUUUGUUGAAAUCCCAUUUCAUGUCCUUAGAGCCUUCGGUAAAUAUUUAGCCUUUUCAAAAAAGCGAAUAGCAACAAACUUUUUCUGGUGUUAUUGGAGACUUUUGGAGACUUUUGGAGAAAAAACUAACUAGAUAAUAAUAAUAAUAAUAAUACUAAUAAUAAUAAUAAUAAUAAUAAUAAUAAUAUUAUUAUUAUUAUAAUAAUAAACUCCACCAGAGUGUCUCUUUUGGUUCACUUUUGCUGGUCCCAAGCCUGGAUAAGAGGUUUGGAAUUGUGGCAUUAAAAAAAACAAGAAUCGAUAGAAGAAAGUUCCUUUGUAGUUCUAAACAUAUUUAGGAUGUUUUUUUUAACUUACUUUUUGUCUAUUCCUCUCUCCUACAGUGUCCAUUACAAUUACAUACACGUGACCAAUUAUUCAAAUUCAGUGAUGAUGUAUUUGAGCGACAUUUAGGACAGCAAAUAGCUACUUGAGUUGGAAACACUCCGGGGAAGGUGGAAUGAAUUAGUUGUAGCUCACUGACACACAUUUAAAGAGACUCUCUUUAAGGCUUUAUGCCAAAUGUAAACGCUCACUGACCCGAGCUUUAAUGUCAUCACACUUUAUUCUCAAGACAUUUCCAAAUCCAAACAGCAGAAAAAAGAAAUUGAGAUAAAGUGGAUCAGUGCGUCGCUCGCUAUAAACCAGUCCAGCCCUGUUCAGUGACUGACCCAGGUUAACCCAAAAUAAUUAGCCUCGUAUUACAAACCAGACCAGGUCUGUGCGACCCUGAAUCUAACGAUGUGGAACCAUCAUCGUGUCAUCGAUGUCAGGGUAUUGUAUGUAAAUUGUUUUCAUCGCCGGUGAAUCUUCUGAUUAUUUUCUUGAUUCAGUGAUAUUAAUUAUAUGUUGCAGAUCUUUAAGUUUUUCUUUUAAAAGCACUCACACGUCAUGCAUCGAUUUAACGAUUGCUUUGUAGCAAGAGUUUCUGUUGUUCUAAAGCGAUGGUGACAGAACACACAGACACUGGCCUUGUCCGGGAGCUCCAUUUGGACUUUAUUCGAUAGGCUAAUGUUAAAUAUUUCUCAGCCGCUGCUGCAAACUAAGUGGUGCAACAGUGCCACUGGGCAGUUUGGCAACAUGUGCCACACGUGUGAGUGUCAUGUGACAGGUUAAAGAUGUGUCAGUCGAGAAACACUGAGAUAUAAAAAAAAAAAAAUGAAGAGAAGCAGCAAAUCUUCACAAACAGAGCUGGAAAUUAAUCUAUGAACGUAAACAACGUAUGGGUUAUCAGUAUAGUCAGUCUGCUGUUCAGUUAAUUAAAUGAGUUGUCGCAGCUCUAAUUACCUUAUAGAUUUGUCACUUAGGAGCUCAGGUGUGUAAACUGUGUAUGAUUAUUGAUUACUGAUCAUUGUAUCGCACCAAAACAAUAUUUUAUACCUUUUAUAUAUCAAUAUAAAACAAAUGUGUUUCUUAUGAUGUUGUUGUUCUUUAGACAUAAAGAAAAUAUUGUCUGAUUUUAUCGAUUGAUUUACAGUAUAUAGAUCUUUCUUUAAUUAAAAGACAUAUUCCACCAUUUUUUUUGUUUUUCACCAAAAAUAUCCGACAACAUAGAGCUGAUGUUAGGUAGUGAAAGUCAGUAAGUUACUGAUUACUCUCCUUACAGGAAGUACAUUUAAAUGUUUUUUGUUUGUUUGUUUAAAUUCACAAACAUGUCCACCAUUAUUCAAAUUGGCUAUGCAUUUUAAAAACUCUCCUACCACGCAUUAGCUUGAAGCUGUUCAGGCUCAUCAUGUAAAUAGUAACACAAUUAAUCUGAUUGAAAUGCAGUUUGUUGUGUUUGUAUUAACUUUCUGUCUAAGUUACUAGCGGACUCAGUCUCCUGUGUAACAUGCACUGUACCUGCCCCACACACACACGCACACACACUCUGUUUUUUUAACUGCUUGUUUUUCGCCAUCAUUGAUUCACGUUGUUGUUUGUAUUACAGAAAAAUUAAAAUAUAUUUGCACAUACUUUAA